UGCCGGAAAAAUAUUACCCAUGCAGUUAAACAAAGUUGUAUAUAAGGAAUGAUGUAUAAUGUUUGAAAGUAGUCUAUUGUUAUCUUAUUGUAUUAAAUAGUAUCAACUAUUGUUGGACAGGCAAUCAGUCAUUAUUGUUAACAUAAUAUAUGAAAGCUUUUCCCUGGUUACUCAUUUACUUUAUUGGCUAUGAUUUUUAAACUCUUCAGUUAGGUUAUACGGAAAGUAUACAAAUAAUCUAUUAAUUUUAUUAAUGAUACGUAAUUCGGUAUAAAUUAUGAGAAUGUCUAGAGGAAACGAGGAGGAAGAAUUAAAAAUGUUGCAAGAAUUGGUUCCUAACGCCACACCAGAAUCAUUGCGAAUUUUUCGAGACUGUAUGAAAAGAGAUGCUUUUUAUAAUGCUUCACUUCCUUAUGGGAUUUUAUCCGCAGCAGCUGCAUAUAUAUUGAUCCCUAAGACACCAGGAAUGCUAAAACCUAUUGUAACAACUGUUAUAGGUGUAACAAUGUCCUUCGUUGGAAAACUAUUUUAUACACCAAAAUGUUAUCAUAAAGCAUUCGGUAAUAGCAUCGAUCCAUUUCCAAGGAAGCAAUUACAUCAAGGUGGCAAUGUUAAUCGACAAGAACAACAGAGUAAAUAUCUUGUAUCUUCCGUUGAUAAUUUACAGGAAGAAAAACCAGUCUGGGAUAAUAUUGAUACCCAAUUUGAGAGCUAUCCAAAUGAAUUCGAUGAUAUAAGUGGUAAUUUACAAGAAGAGUCAACAAAUGAGCAACAAGGAAAGAAGCGUGUGACAUAUGAUGACUUAUGGAUGCAGCACAGAGAACAACAAAUGAGGAGCCAGUAUAGUGAUAUUCAAAAUUACUUCUCCACAAAUAACACAAGGAGAGAGCCAGUUCAAAGGCAACAGACAAGGCAUUCACAAAAAUCAGCAGUUCCUGAAACAGAAUUCGAUGAGAAAGAAACGUGGAAUUGAAGCCAAGAAUUGAAACGUAUUUUCGAAUACAUAUGGUUAUGGGCAAUUGUCGCAUAAUAAGAAAUUUUGAUAGUAAUAAAGAUAGCAAUAAAGUUAUAAAUGUUGAAAUUCUUAGAA